UCAACAAGUUUUGGUUUCCUGUACUUUACCGCUGUCUCUUCUAAACAGAGAAUUUUCCCGCCCUAAACCUAAACUCAUUGUACGCUAUUUUUACACGGAAACUCAGCAGGAGAGGAUAGCGAUUAGCGAGCGAAGAUGAACACUGCUACUGCCACCAGAAGAAAGAUUCAGAAAAAAUGUAGGAUCCGAGGCCACACCCUCACAGUCGACGCUCUCGACGAGAUCCUCAGCUUUGCCGCUAACUUUCCAGGCUCCGAUGAAGACGAAGCCAUCGAUCUCCUCCUCGACCAGAUUGAAUAUUCCUUGAAAUCCACCAUAAUCGAGAAGGAGAUGGUGGUCCGUGUGGCGACUCUGUUAUUGGAAGAAGACGCAACGCCGGAGGAAGCUGCUUCUGUCAUUCGCUUCAUUGACGCGUUUGUUAUUCCCAAGUAUAAAUACCAUGUCGUCAGAAAACAAUUCUACCAGUAUACAGGCAGCUUACCUAUUCAUGGAGAAGCAUCAGCAAAAGCGGCUCUGUACAGGGAUAGGUUUCUGUUGUUGUCCCAGAGGCUCUCUCGUGACCAGCAUUUUUCAAAGCCUGCUUUUGAAUCUGAAUUUUCACAUUUUGGGAGCUGUGAGAUAUCUCCUAUUCAAUCUCUGGUUGGACAACCAGGUAGAAGAUGGGUAAUGGGAGUUAUAUCUCAGCUGGAGGAUGGUCAUUACUAUCUGGAAGACCUUACGGCUGCUGUUAAAAUCAGCUUGUCCAACGCAAAGAUAACUACAGGACUCUUUACAGAGAACACUAUUGUUGUGGUCGAAGGGGAGAUGCUUGUGGAGGGUAUUUUUCAGGUGUUAACAUGUGGAUUUCCUCCAUUGGAGGAUAGAGAUAAGUCACUUAAACUAUUUGCAGGCCAUGACUAUUUUGGUUGUGGUACUUUUACCAAAGAGGAAACUAUCAGAUUGGCAGAGAUGGAGAAAAGGGCAAUCAAUGACAGGUUGGUUGUACUCUCUGAUAUUUGGCUAGACAAUGAACAGGCUUUGAGAAAGCUAGAGACUGUUUUGGAUGGUUUUGAAAGUGUGGAAGUGGUCCCUUCCUUAUUUGUUUUCAUGGGAAACUUCUCUUCUCGACCAUGUAACCUCGCAUUUCAUUCUUAUUCGAGCCUCAGAAUGCAGUUUGGUAAGCUGGGGGAAAUGAUUGCCGCCCAUCCACGGCUAACAGCGCACAGUAAAUUCCUGUUUAUUCCAGGUCCUGAUGAUGCAGUUCCGUCAACAGUUCUUCCUAUGUGUGCUCUACCGAAAUAUUUAACUGAGGAGCUCCGAAAGCACGUUCCCAAUGCCAUAUUUUAUAGUAACCCCUGCAGGAUCAAAUUCUAUACCCAAGAAAUUGUAUUUUUUCGCCAGGAUUUGCUGUAUAGAAUGCGUCGCUCUUGUUUGAUGCCUCCUUCUACAGAAGAAACUGAUGAUCAUUUUCAGCAUCUUGUUGCUACCAUAACACAUCAGAGUCAUCUGUGUCCACUCCCUCUAACUGUACAACCCAUCAUCUGGAAUUAUGAUCAUUGUCUUCAUCUUUAUCCAACACCACACACGAUAGUGUUGGGUGACAAAAGUCAGCAGAAGGCAUUCAAGUACACCGGAAUCACUUGUUUUAAUACAGGUUCCUUCGCAAUUGACAGCACAUUUGUGGCAUACCGUCCUUCCUCUCAAGAAGUUGAAUUGUCAGCCUUGUAGUUUCUGUUGAUCUGUCAUUUUUUUAAUUAAUUAAUUUAUUUAUCAAAAUUAAUGAAAAAUUCUGAGCAUUCUACUUGAAUCUUUCACUACUAGACAUGCUCUAGUGGUUCAUCUUCUAAUCGUGAACAUCUCAGACUUAGCUAUUACACCAUCGGAUAUAUGCCCAUAAAUGGAGUUGGAAUUGAUGCUUUUUCUUCUGGAGAAGAUUGAAACUACUGGCAUAAUUGUAUUGUAUCAUAGAUUCCCUUGUUAACCAGGGAAAAUUGUUGUAUAGCAGGUAUUUGCCAAUCUGGUUGAAGUUUACUUUUUAUUUAAAUAGACAAUAUCUGUUAAUGGAUACUACAGAAUGUGUUUAUCAAAUAGAGACUAAAUAUCAACAGAGGAUUUCAUGAUUUA